AUGUCAGCCCCUACUAUGCGGACAACGCUUUUGCUGACUGAGCACCUGGGUUAUCCUCCAAUUUCAUUGAUUGACGAUAUCAUAAACGCAGUAAAUGAGCUGAUGUACAAGUGUACCCAGGCAAUGGAGAAAUACUUGCUCGAAAGGAGCUUUAUGGAAGGAAAGGAUUACACAGACGAGAUCAAGAUAGGCAUUGCAAAGCUCGAAACUUUAUGGGAGAAUUCUGUGGACCGAAGCUUCGACAAGCUAGAGCUGUACGUUCUCAGAAAUGUUCUCCACAUACCGCAAGAACUUAUUGAAAACGGAUCUUUCCGUCUGCGACACCAUGACUCCCUAGUAUUAGAGGAUAACGAUAGCAAGGAGGCACUGAGCACUGAGCUGAAGACAAAAAUGCGACAAUUACAAGAGUCCAUUGAAACCCACAAAGAGCUUCGUAGACAAAAGGUGGCGCUACAAAAGGUCCUGGCAAGAGUCAGAAGAUUUAAGCUUCUGGUCUCCAGCUUUUUACAGGGACAGGAUCUUGAUAACAAAGAAGUCGCUGCGGUCCUGAGCUCACUGAGUCCUGUCAACGAGAGCGUAAGGUUCCUGGCUUCUCAAGUUCACAGCUUAUACCUUGAGUCGGACGACCAAUGCUCCUCCGAGCGUGUCAAGAGCAUAGUGUCUCGACAGAAAGAGCUGCACGCUGAUCUAUCGUCGCGCACAGGGUAUCUCGCACAGAGCACAAAAAAAGCUCUCGAGCAGCUUCUCGGAAAUCAGCCCAGCGAAGUGAGUCACGAAGUUCCUGAUGGCGCCGGAACAACGGGCUCUUCUCCAUCAACUGAUCAUGCGAUAGAGGUCAGUAGCCCCGAUUGGAAUGCAAUGACCGAGGUCACGUGA